AUGAACAAUUCAAACUUCUUACUUUCGAUAUAUCAUAUCAAAAAGACCCAUGUCAAGGAUGAUUCAGUUAAAUCAAGUUUAUGUUGUUUACAAGGUUGUAUAGCAGCUUCUUCAGUAGGCUUCUCAUUUUUUGUGGCCUUACCAACAGGUAUUUUACUGAUAGUGUAUUCUCAGAAAGAUUCUGAUUACAGACUUUUAUCAGCUGGAAUCGUACUGGUUAUCUUACCUGUUGUCGUGUUAUUAAUAGUCAUAGCCCUGUGUUUUAAUAAACAUAGAUUAAAACGCUUUGGUAGAAAUAGAAUUAAACAUGGUAGAGCGGCAACUAUUACAGCAGAUAAUGGGAUAGAGGAGACUAAUUAUGGAAAAUAUUAGGCGUGUAGGUUGUACUGACUGUGCAAUCCUUUUGGUGCUUUUCAAUGGAGCCAGAGACGAGAGAUGGGGAAUACUCAACUGUAAAUGUGUGAAUAAUAUUCCUGUGUAAUCACCAUAAACUUUUUUGGUGCUUUUUUAUUUUAUUGGACCUAGGGACGGGAGAUCGGGGAAUACUAUAAUAUAAGAGUAUUAAGAGAUGUUUGCAUAAUACACUUGUUCAAUCGCCAGAAACAUUACCAUAAACGUUUUUCUUUUGGGUUUUUUAUUGUUAAUAGACCCACGGACUGGAGAUAGGGGGUAUUCGACUGUAAGAAUAUUCAAAUUCAAAUGAUUCGUGAAUAAUAUUGUCGGGUAUUCGUCAGAAACGUUAGGAGAAAAACGUUUUACUGAAGCCAUGGGCGAGAGAUUGGGGAUAUUCGUCUUCUAAUGUUCCGUAGAAAUGUUAAAAGAAAUGUAUAAACUAUUCUGACAGAAACAAUAAUGUUAUUUUGGCGAAGGAAUCCUUUGAUCUUAUUUCCAGCUUUAUAAUGGAAACCUUACAACACUUGCAAUAUUUUGUGCAGUAAAUUAUUAUUAUUAUUAUUAUUACAAUUGUGUGUCUGUCAUCGCUCGUUACUUCAAUCAGUUAAAUAAAAGGAUAACUCCUA